CCGUAAAAACGAGAGCCUGCGUUUAUUCUUUGUACCAAUUAGCUGCAGCUAGCUGGAAGCGCUACACAUUAGAAAACCGACACCGAGCUCAGCGCAAUACCCGCAGUCUGUGCGCAAUACCCGCAAUCUGUGCGCAAUACCCGCAGCCUGUGCGCAUUAAACGGCUCCAACAACAGCCUGUGAGGGUUGAGGGCGGUUAAAUUACAGCCUCACGUCGGAUGUUUGUGCCACUUUUCUCUCUGUAAACUUUACCCUGCCCUGUCUCUUUGUUUUUUUUUGGUUUUUUUUAGGGGGGAGGGGGGUGGGGGGGGUUUUGUUGUUUUUAUUUUUUUUUUUAACAAUGUUGAGCAGCGUUGCUCUGCGGGCUCAGAUUGCCUCCAUAAUCGAUGCCUUGUCCAAAGCGGCCGUGGCGGAAAUCUCCAAAGUUGUGGAAGAUGGGAUGGUGGUGCUGAGGCUGGAAAUGUGUCAGCGUGAGAACGAGAUCCAGAAGCUGAAGAGCAACGUCGAGGUGCUGCACAGCGAGCUCAGAUCAGCUCAGGAGAGGGUGACCCUGCGACCUGACCACCACGGGAGAGAUGAUGCUCAGAAUGACGUUGGUGGUGAGAGGAUCUUGCUUGAAAAGUGUGCCGAUAAGGACCAAAGCAGCCUGCCCCUACCUGAGGUGCAGGUGAAAUGUGAACCUGUGGAAGACGGCAGUGAAGAACAACCAGAACAACCGGCCUUGUACGAAAGGGACAGUGCGCAGUGGAGACCGACGACGCAAACUCAGGCAGGAUGCAACAACUCAGAUUAUUUAAACAUGGGCCAGAACUCCUUGUUGUGUCUUUCCGAACCGCCUCUGGACGCCGGACUGGCUGCGCCCUGCAGCGGCUCCGGUGGGCUUCAGCAAAGCCCUUUUAGCCGCGGGCUGCUGGGUUACAGCCAGUACCGUAACUCGUACAACACGGCGCGGAGGAGGACGGUGAAGAGGCUGAUGUUCAAGAAAGGCUUCACCUGUCCGUACUGCGGGAAAUAUUUUGAGCGUUCCGGGCACCUCGAGAGGCACAAAAGGAUCCACACUGGCGAGAAGCCGUAUCGCUGCGAGAUAUGUGGGAGACGUUUCAAUCAGAAAUGCAGCCUGACGGAGCACAUGAAGAUUCACAGGAGAUGCAUUCAGACCAGACCAGUUGAGAUCCACGUGGGCGAACAGAAGCAGAUUCCCGAGGUGAAUCCGUGUACUGAAACUCAUCGCCCGGAGGAAGAGAGCCAGAUGAACGCUGAGGAUGGCCUACCUAAGAAUGAGGACAUUGUGACAACACCCGUACAUGUAAAAUCUGAGCCUACGGAGGAGAAUAUAGCACAACCACUGUUUCAUGGAGGAAGCGAGCAGACAAUGGAAGGAGUAGACAACCUCAGUGAGAACUUUGCAUCAUUUGAGAGAGACAGCCAGCAGUGGAUGUCCAGAUUACAGGGACAAAACAGCGCAGAGAUCAGCAGCACAGAGUUUCUCAACAGCACAGCGCAGAGUAUGGCGUCCUUCCCGGGGAUGGCGCAGUUGCUCCCGCCACCGGUCGAAGCUUCUUGUAGCACAUUCUCCUUUCCGGGGAAACCAUACGGGGAACUCAAAAACAGCAUGAUCUCCCAAACGCCCUAUGGAUCCUCAGACACACUGAUGAUAUCAAGUGAAGCGGGACUGCACGGUAUGGCGGGACCCACGCUGAAUCACCACCACCAGAGAGCGAGCAGGUCUUUUAAGGUGAUCAAACCAAAGAAAUGCUUCGUCUGCUCGUACUGUGGCAAGGUCUUCGAGCGCGCUGGCCACCUCGAAAGACAUUUACGAAUUCAUACAGGGGAGAAGCCGUACGGCUGCCACAUCUGCGGGAGGUGCUUCAAUCAGAAGAGCAGCCUCAAGGGCCACAUGAGGACGCACAGAAAUGGAGAGAACUCGGAUGUGCUGGAAGCACAUCAGCUGAUGUUUACAAUGCCUGAUGAUCAACCGUUGAAGAACCUGGCAGAACCCAAGACCGGACUGGCAGCUUUGGGAGAACAGCUACCAGGAUCCACCUACAGCGAGCCAGCUGGUGAGCAAACAGUAAUGGUAAAGCUGGAGCCAAAUGGGGAGGAUUUUCAGACUCUAAGCCAGGCAGGGACUGAUAAUGACACAGGAGCACCAGACCAAAGCCAGCUGUGGGCCUCUGGGAUGGAGAAGAGCGGUGAUGUCACUGAACAAAAUGUCUGUCUACUUUUACACGAUGUCAAGUAUCACCUCAGUCCUGCUGGUGAAACCGCCAAUGAGCAGCAGGGAUAUACCUCGCCAAUCAAGGAUCUCCCUUUUCUAGACCACAAGGAGAAGGAAGAAAUGAUGCUCAGUGAUCGGUAUUCAGUGAUGGGGAUGCAGCCGAGAAGCUCCGAUAUGACUCUAGCUCCCGAGCUGCAGGACCCACAUAUUCCACAAGAGGUAGCUGUGACUGAGUACACCGAAGUGAGUGAAAGGACUCACGAGGGAGGAGUGUUUGAAUUUAAUCUGACAGGCGACCCUGAAGACAACUGCAGCGAGGACACCACCAGGCAAAAUUGCUUUAUAUGUUCAACUUGUGGGCAAAGUUUUGAUAGUUUCAGUCUAUUUCAGAGGCACCAGUGUAAAAAUAUCACGGAGCAAUCCUUCGGCUGUGAGAUAUGCGGCAAGAUGUUUAAUCAGAUGAGCAUCCUGAAAUUGCACCUUAAACUGCAUAUUAACAUGGCGACGUGCAUUCCCUUUCAAACCCAGCUAUCCUCAAUAAUGGAGGUUUUGGUUAAAGCAGCAGUGACAGAGAUAUCCAAACUAGUCGAUGACAAAUGUGCGUUUCUGCACCUCGAAAUAUCCCGAAAGCAAGGCGAGAAUGAAAUGCUGAAGAGGAAACUACUGAUGAUGGAGAACAAAAAUGCACAGCUGCAGCGUGGCUUCGAAAACUACAUGGACCGAGGACCUGAUGUGGGGAGUAACUGUCCGCAUCCCACAGGAGAAAUGAAGUUUCCGGAGAUUGAAGAUGCAACUGUUUCAUUCACGAUUAAAGAAGAAAGUCCAGACGAGACGCUGUGGAUCAGUGAUUCUUCUGGACCAAUUGGUUCUGCUGUACAAUAUCCCAAUCCAGUUAAUGCCCCGGAGAGCCAGCAGCUUGGAGAGAGCCGUCAGCUGAACCAUUCAGAGGUCGCCAGGCAAAAAGCCUCAGAGUUCGGUGACUUGUACAACUCUGGUCAGCUUGCAGGAGACAUCAGUGGCCUUCAGUUCACUGUCAAGACGGAGAAGGAGGAGAACCGAUCUGGAUUCAGUCAGGGAGGAUGCCAGCACGGUGCAGGGAAGCAGACUCAACUUGCUGCUGACUUUUCCAUGGAUGAACGAGAGAAUCAACUGUGGUCAUCCAUAAUUGAAGGUAAUGACAUUGAUGCUGGUUUUCCUGACUUUUCCAGUGUGGUAGAGGAGUAUUCCAACACAUUCCCGGAUCAUUCUGAUGCUCACGUGGUUUCCAACACUUCCAAGUCGGCUGGUGUCCAGCAGGUGUCCUCUCAGAGGCCGUGUAAUGGGAUCUACAACAGUGAGUAUCAAAAGGAUGUUCCACAGUCGUCCAACUUUCAACCCAGACCUCAGGGCGCCCAGUCAGAGCAAGACAGGCAGAAGGAACAAAUGUACGCGCAGAGAAACCCCUCGCAUCAUCUGAGGCAGCCAGAUGAACACCCUGAGAGGGAGACUGCAGCCGGAGAUAGACCGGCCGUAACUCCCUCGCACAACACUUUAACACCGAGCAGCUUUCCCUCUCACACCCACCACAAACCUCUCUCCGGCAUGGCACGGGGCUACGUUUGCUCGCAGUGCGGGAAGACGUUCGGCCGUCUGCACCAAUUCAAGCUGCACCAGCAAAGCCACAAGAGAAAGCGGGCGUUCUGGUGCACGGUGUGCGGGAAGAACUUCCAGUGUUCGUCCCACCUCAGCAUACACCACCGGACACACACGGGCGAGAAGCCGUACGGUUGCGGGCAGUGCGGGAAGAGGUUCACGCAGCAGAGCAGUCUGAGGGUCCACCAGCGCACACACAGCGGGGAGCGGCCCUACAGCUGCUCGCUGUGCGGAAAAACCUUCAUCCUGAUGCACCACUUGAAGCGGCACAGAAUCAUUCACACGUACAGCUGAGGUGGAGAUGUUUAGAGGUGGAGAUGUUUAAAGGGACGUUGCUCAGGUGAAAAGACACAAAUGACCCCCAAAACCAAAUCAGAAAGCCAGUGAGCGGCAGCUUUUUUGUUUGGGACCUUGUGGCAUUGCUUCCAGACUUUGUAUAUUAAUGCAUAUUUUACUAUGCAAAACCCAUCCAAUUUUAAGAUGUUUGCUUCUUUUUUUUUUUUUUUUUACAUACUUGUAAUUAUGAAAACCUGAAACUGAAUUGCAACAGAAUUCACACAAGACAGUAUUUUUAAGACAUCUCCAAAGCUAGAAAUCCAAAAAACAAAACAAAAAGACAAGGUCUAAAAUGUGGAGUCAUUACAAAAAGAUCCUGCAGAUUUCCUCUUAAAGUUACCUGCAUACUGAUCUUCACACAUAGACACAGUUUGUUUCAGCUUCUCAUUUAGAAAUUUGCCUUACUUCAUCUCAGCACGGAAACUGUAGAAGCACAAGACGCUCUUUACCCCCAUAAACUCUCCUUCACAGUCAAAAGAGGGCUUUCCAUUCAGAGCCAGUGAAGCACCUCUCAGGUUUAUGUUUGGAUGUCAACAUUGGUAAAAACCUGACCUGACUAUUGUUCUGAGUUGAUUUUAUUUCCAUAAAAUGUAUGCCCAAAAACCCAUUGCCCUUUGUUAUGAUUUAUAUUAAAGGAUCGUUCAAAUCA